GAUCAGACUAAAUCUCUGCUUCAGUUACUAAAGCCGGCCCUUACUCUGUGGCUGCCAAAAGUAUUCUGUGAUUAAUUCCCAAACCCUAGUCUCGUUUUUAAAUUCGUGUCGUCAUUGUCUCUAAGUCAAAACGUUCUCUUUUUAUGAAGCAAAUAGCUUUUCGCGCCAAAUUCCUAAUCGCGACAUAACACUUAUCUCCGUUAUGAAGCGUGUGUUUGUGUGUGUUGGUGGAAAGAGGUUAGUGAUUGGUUGUGAAUGAUGCAAGAUGCAGACGACUCCAGAACGUGAGACUGAAACGAAGUGUUACUGUAUAUAACAUGAACGAAUUAGAAGACUUGAGUGGAAAUACUUCAGACAACAUUGAUGGGAACAAGUACUCCAAGAGCAGCUCAGUUGACUCAAGUCCUGAAAUUGUGUUUAUUAACGAAAAGCCAGUGAGUUUUGAGGAUCUAGGCUUGGGCACUAGUGGUAGGAAAUACACGUUAUUUGUGAGAUUGAAAUUGCUGCCUAAAGAUUUAAACAACAAGAUAGUCAUAAAGUUCAUCUACAGUUUGAUCAAUGCCAUUGCUUACAAAGAAUGUCUUCUGAUCGAGCUGGACGCCGAGAGGGCGUCUCUUAUUGGAACUCAAGUUCAUCUAACAGAGGCAAAGGUCAAAGGGAUUAUGACUAGAGCAGAGUACGAAAAAGUAGAAAAGGUUAAACAAAAAUUGAAGUCAACUUUUGAGAAACUGUUUAUACAUGAUGACAAUUACAAUCUAAAGAUUAAUGUCGAACAAGUUACAGAAGUAUGCAUAUGUGAAAUUAAAGUAGAAACAGAAGCCAAUGAAAGUAAGCGUAAGGACGAAACUACCCACAGCGAGGGUGAUAGUGGUGGGGAUGAUCAGGAAGAAGACGACUGGGACUACGACGGGGACUACGACAAUGAAUUCUACAACUUUUCUGAUGAUGAUGAUGAUUAUGAAUAUUAUGAUGAUGAAGAGUACGAUGAUGUUAGGAACUCUAGUCGGACACCGUCACGUGACAAUAAUUCUGUGGACAGCAAUGCUCAACUUAUCAUCAAGCAUACUGACGGCGACAAGCCCGAUCAUGAUGAUGGGAGACAUUCGACACCAAAAGAAGGUACCGACAAUGAUAAAAGAACAUAUUUGACACUGAAAGAGGCUUGUAAAGUGGACAUUUUAAAAAGACACAUCUAUGAAACAACAAUGCAACAAUGUAAGAUUAAACGCACUGAAGUAAAUGUCAAUGCUUUUUACCUGAGCCUAGCACUGGACCAUGUGGAUAAAAAACUGACUUCAAAAGUAAACGCUGAAUUUGAAUGGGAAUUAAAAGAUCUCGACAAUGUACUGGUCGUCAUAGUUACUGAUUUCAAGACUAAUUUCCUGGAACAACUGCUGGAGCUGCAUAAUUUUCGUCCAGAAGUCAUUGAGAGACUAAAAGUCAUUAUUGCAAGUAGAGAUGGACCUCGGCACGCUCCAACUUACACGAUCUUUCGGCAAUACUUAUAUUCAGCUGGCCUUGAAUUAGAUGAUGAUAAAAAUGGCUGUUUUUUACAACUCUUUAUGGACGCUAUUGAACACAAUCAAUUCGAUGCCUCAUUGUACUACUGGACCAAGCUCAAACAUUUAACUUGGUCGGCACUUCUUGCGAGGCUUGUUUUAAAGAAGAAAAAAGAAAGUGCAUCUUUCAAGUAUGAGAAAGUUUAUUAUGAUAAGUAUUUGAGGAUUUACGAAGAUAUUGCUAUUAACGUUUUGGAUGCCUGCUAUAGCAAAGACAAUAGAAUAACUUGGAUUCUUCUGACUAAAUCGGUGGAAAUAUUGAACGAAUCUUGUAUUGCACUAGCUUUAAAAACUAGAAACAAAUUGUUUCUACAACAAGAGGCUUGUGUGGCGGUCAAUCAUGCAAGUUGGCAUUUUUAUAUUGGAAACGAUCUGGAUUUUUCAAAAUUAAAGCAUGGCAUCAAAGAGUCUCUAUUUUCACCUAGAGGACGAUGUCGGAUGGAUAUGAUCUCCUACCUGCUAUUUCUCACAGCUUACAGCGUUCUGUUGGUCUCAACUCUAAACAAGACUACGUUCCACUGGCUUGAGGCCGUGGUCAUGGGCUAUUUAGUGACCUUCCUCAUAAGAGAGCUUGAUCAGUGCUGCAAAAGUCUCAAGCAAUGUAAAGCCUACAUUUACGACCCAUUCAACAUCUUGGACCAGCUGUCAAUCGCAAUGGCCUUUAUCGCCUGGUCUCUUCGCUGGGCGGCCUACGUCAUCCCUGAAGAGGAGAGGCUGAUGAUCGCGGCUCGCUACCUGCUGUGUCUUAACUUCAUGCUCUACAUGUUCCGUUUCCUGGAGUUCUUCUAUCAGAACAAAUUACUUGGGCCGAUGCUAGUGGUCAUCAGAAAUAUGGUCGAGACCUACAUUAAUUUUCUUUUAAUUCUGAUGAUCUUCUGGGUGGCUUACUCCGUCGUAUCAGAGAGUAUACUAUUUCCGGAGAAGGAAAUUAAAAAAGAUAUUCUGUAUUACGUUUUUCGAAGAGGAUUCUGGGCCAUGAUGGGAGAAUAUUUCCUAGACGAAGUAGAACAUUUCUCAGAUAAUGCUUGUAUUAGCCCUAACUCAGCCAAUAGUUCAACCAAGAGUUGCGCAACCGCUGACGGGAGAUACACCAUUCCUAUACUGCUGGCAGCGUAUGUUCUAUUUGUUCAGAUACUGAUGUUCAAUUUACUGGUCGCCUUGUUCAACAAUGCUAUCUCUGACAACGAAGCCAAAAGGGACAUGAUCUGGAGAUAUCAAACGUUUCUACUGACUAUGCAGUAUGCGAAGAGUAAAAUUUUAUUGCCUCCCUUUCUGCCUUUUAUUUUCUUACUAAAUGGGAAGUCUGGAAAUCCUUUCAAAUUAAAAGAUGGUAAGAAUAACAUAGUACCAGAACACUUCGAGCGUAACGCGGCACAAAAGAUAAUAAACCAUAUCAUCAAAGGAAGGUAUGAUAAAAUAGUUUCAGAUGACGAUAUGAAAGAAAAAAUCAAUAGAAUCGAAAACAAGGUUAACAAGCUAUCAAAGCUCUACACUGCAGAUAAAGCCAAGAAAGCAGAUACCAAGUUACCUUCGAACCAAAGCUCCAAUUUAAAAAAGGACGGAUCACUUGAAGCUAGUAGCACACAGACAAUAGUCCCAUUAUUAAGUAAACCAGUUAACGCCAUGAAAAAAGAAAUGCAAGUCAGCAGGAAAGAGAGGCAACAUCCUGAAGACGAUCAAGCUAAUGGCCAAGAAAUUAAUGCCACAGAAACUUUGAAGGAAAUAGUAACACGGUGUCUGAGUGAAAGGCAGCUAUGAUCAACAAAACUCAAGUUGACGACAAGAGGAGUACACUGUUUUUAAUGAGGAUGAAAAAUACACUUCUCUCUGAGGACGAAGACAUUACAGGCAUGACCUUGGCGGCAUUUACCUGGUCAUGCGCGCUUCGAACUAUUGUGAAAAAUUUCCGUGGUUGAGCUCCGGCAUCUGCCUUCCAGCAGAAGGGCUAAACUCUAUGGCAUUUUACGUCUCGUGAGGAGAUCUUUUCCCUUUCCAACGUCUUGUAAGACUAAAGAGGUCAAUCCUUGAUACACAGCUACUGUCACAAGGUUGUGUUAAACUAGGACGCACUAACUUUUCAUCGGAAACGUGCAUAGCAAUCAUUCAAACUCAAUUCAUCUCAGGAUAAAUAGAGAUUUACAUGAAGACUUCACACACAUGUCAAUGAGUAGUCUUUUUUUCUACUCUUGAGAUAAUUAUUUUACUCGAUACAUCCUCAUUCAUAAUUAGAUAUACUGUAACGUUACUCACUGUUAUUAAUACUUGGUGUAACUAUAUUAACAUUUCUGAUUUAAGGCCUAUGUGUUCAAAACUUUUUUUAGGAUUAUGUUGUCAUUGUUUUUUAAACUGUCGUGUUUAUGUCUAUUAUUCUAUCAUAGCGUCUUGAGCCCACAUUAUAUUUGUUAAAAUGGCACUAUAAUUACAAUAUAUUAAUUAAAUUAUUAUUAUUACAAAUGUUGUCUACCUCUUUUAAGUUGUAUUGACACACGAACGAUCUUAAAUUCGAGUCACUCUCCUAUCAGAACACCUGUGACUGCAAGCAGUUCUGAAAUUCCCUUCUUAACCCUUAAAAUAAGAUCCACACAAAAGUAUUAAAAACUUUGAUUCGCUUUGUAGAUUGAAUAGGAACCAAACUUUGCAAAAGAAUGUUUAUUAACAGUGAUAGCACACGAAUAGAGAAACAUCAAACUAAGCAAGAUUGUUUUUUUAUAGAUAGACUGACAUUUCAAGAAAUAAGGAGAAAGUCGGUCUUGUUUGAAAUCUAGAAAAGUUUUGGAGGCAGCAAGAAGUCAGAACAAGAGUUUAUUGACAAGUCAAGAUAUAAUAAUAAAAAGGUUAUAAUAUAGAGAAAAUAGCUAAGGUAACUAUCAACUAACUAUCAACUUCAUUGACGUAUUUGUAUAUAUUAUGUAUGAUUAUUGGAAAAAAGCGACAUUUGAAUUUUAUGAAAUCUCAUAAGAUCAAGAUUGUAAGAUCACCAUAUGAAGCACUGUUUUUUUAUUUUUAUAAAUUGUUAUUUACUGUACUUAUUUUAAUGAGAAAUUAUUCCUGUAAUUAUUCACAUUUAACUUUUGAAUAUUAAUUUUACGACCUGUACACACGUAUUGUAAGAGCUAUUAUUAUGUUCAGUUGUUAUUGUAUGUAUAUAUAUUCUGGUUCAUUGUUUAUUGUUUACAUUGUAAUGCCUGCUUAUAAAGUUUCUAUUCAUUGUAUAAUUGUUGAAAGUUUUAUGAUCUUAAAUGAAAAGUUUAAAACAUAAUCUACGUUGUAUUUCAAGCCAUUCAAUAAACAAAAGUAGAAACCAAACUGGGACAUUGCCUUCUUAAAAUGUGUUACUAUUAUUGGGACUCUUUUUAAUUUGUCAGGGUUCAAAUUAAUAUAUAUAUGUGCUUUGCUCUUGUGUUGCUUAACCUGGCUCUCUAGGGUUUUCACUUAUACGAACAAAUAUCACUUGAUUCUUAAAUACUACAACUAAGAGCAAUUAUACUUCAAUACACAUCAACUCCAACUCUAGAUCUCCAAGAAUAUAACAAUGGUAUUUUAAUGUCCAGUAUAGCUCAAUAAUGCACAAUAAAUAUUCCUUAAACAAACACCAUUCCAGGAACAUGAACAACUAACGAACUAUCAAUUCACUCUAUCAACCAAAGGAAACUCCCAUUCAAAAACAUCAAGUGUAUAC